CUUGACUCACACACAACACCAAACCAUUUUGCUACUAAGUUAACAAUCAACAAUGGCUGAGAGCUGCAAGGCAAAUGGAAUGCGGUCGUGUGACAUCAGAUCAUACCAAGACAACAUGGGCGGUUCGUGUGAGAGUGGUCAGUGUCUACGAAGUCGUUGCCCAUGCCAGAGGUGGAAGCACAAUGGAAAUGAUUCUUCAUGAUGAAGAGGUAUAUAUUUUCUUUUUGGACGUAAUUUCUUUCUUAAAGAUUAUCAGUUCAUUUGAAGUUCUUUCUAUGAUCAGGGAUCCAGCUAUUUUGGCAAUGUACAAGAAGUCAGAAGUUGAUACUUUAGAACUAGAUGAUCUAGAGGAAAAGGAAAUGGUAACCCACUUCUUCCAGCUCAGAUUGCGCUGUACAUAUCUUCAAACCUAAAUGUAUUAAAUGUGAUGUCUUAUUUUUUCAGUGCGGUUCUGUGAACGAUGCUGACCUGACUGCAACAACGAAUUUGGCGGGACAGAAAAGGAUAAGGCCUGUGUCAAUGAAAAAGUAGAUGAAGAGACACCACAGAAAUCACCCGAAAAAACGGUGGUUAUAAAUUUGGAUGACUCAAUGAAAAGAUAGCUGGCUGAUGAGCUUUCAGCAACUAAGCAUGGCAGAAAGAUGAGGGUUAAGAUUAAGAAGGAAAAAGAGUAGACUACAGAGAUGAGAGAGAAGCAGACUGCAGAUUGUUUUUGCGAAAACUUGCAUUUCUAAAUUCUAAUUGCACCGAAGACUGUUAUUUGUUUGACUUAAGUCUAUUUUAAAUGCGCAAACUUUUAAUUUGCUAAAUGUUUUCGACUCUAACUCAGACUCUACUACGUAUUAUCUACUCCGUAUGUAAUAACUAGAGACUUCUAUUUAGAUGGGGAAUCCUAUCUUAGUCAUGAAUGGUCACCUACAGGCUAUUAGCCCAUUAGACUACUCCGUGUGUAGUUGUUAGUUAAAUGUGUAAAUGGGCCACAAGAGCCAUAUCAGUCCAUUAGUCUCUUGUAAUCCUCAAGUUAGAUUUCCUUCCCUAUAAAAGGAAUCUAACUUGAGAGAAAAAUAAGGCAUUAAUAAGGCAUAGAGUAUAGAGGCAGAAUAGAGAUAGAAUAGCUUUCACGCUGCUCUCUCUCUCUAGAGGGAGAGUAGCAUCCCAUUUCAUACGAUGUACCUAGUUUCUCGACAUUUUGAUAUUGA